AUGUCUCAAGUUGAAAAGAAAUCUGAACAACAACAAGAAGUUGUGAUCCACAAGAUCAGAAUUAACUUGACCUCCACUAAGGUCAAGCAAUUGGAAAACGUUUCUGCCAACAUCAUCAAGAAUGCUGAAACUUUCAAGUUGGUCAAGAAGGGUCCAGUCAGAUUACCUACUAAGGUCUUGAAGAUCUCCACCAGAAAGACCCCUAACGGUGAAGGUUCUAAGACUUGGGAUACUUACGAAAUGAGAAUCCACAAGAGAUACAUCGACUUGGAAGCUCCAGCUCACAUCGUCAAGAGAAUCACCCAAAUCACCAUUGAACCUGGUGUGGAUGUCGAAGUCAUCAUCGCUGCCUAA